AUGAAAAACCAUACAGAGAUAACGUUAUUCAUUCUUCGGGGAUUAACAGAUGACCCAGAGCUGCAAGUUCUGCUUUUUAUCUUUCUGUUUCUGACCUACAUGCUGAGUGUAACUGGCAACUUGACCAUCAUCACCCUCACUUUGCUGGAUCCUCACCUUAAAAUCCCCAUGUAUUUUUUCCUUAGGAACUUUUCCUUCUUAGAAUUGUCAUUCACAACUGUCUGCAUUCCCAGAUUUUUGUACAAUAUGUCAACCAGGGACUAUACUGUGACCUAUAAUGAAUGUUUCACUCAAUUAUUUUUUGGUAUCCUCUUUGGGGCCUCAGAAUUUUUCCUCUUGGCUGCCAUGUCCUAUGACCGUUAUGUAGCUAUCUGCAAACCACUACACUAUGCAACCAUCAUAAACAACAGAUCCUGUAACCAACUUCUUUUGGGUUGUUGGCUGUCUGGGCUAGUGAUCAUACUUCCACCACUUGGUGUGGCUCUUGAACUAGAAUUCUGUGACUCCAAUAUUAUUGACCAUUUUGUCUGUGAUGCAGCACCACUGCUAGAAAUUACUUGCUCUGAUACACAGUUCCUAGAAAGAAUGAUUUUAGCAUGUGCUGUGUUAACACUCAUUAUCACCUUAGUGUUAGUGGUUCUAUCUUAUGCCUGUAUUGUCAGGACUAUUCUGAGAUUCCCCUCAGCAGAGCAAAGGAAAAAAGCUUUUUCCACAUGUUCCUCUCACAUGAUUGUUGUCUCCAUGACUUAUGGAACCUCCAUCUUCAUCUAUAUCAAACCUUCUGCAAAAGAAGGAGUGGCUAUGAAUAAGGUGGUAACACUGCUUGCAACCUCAGUGGCACCAGUAAUGAACCCCUUUAUUUACACCCUGAGAAAUAAACAAGUGAUACAAGCUUUUAGGGACACCUUCAAAAGGAUUCUAUUGAUUUCAAAGCUAUGA